AUGGCGAUGAGUGGAACUGGCCGACUGUCGGAGACAGCAUUGUGCAAAGUCCUUGGUAAACAGACGGAGGUUUCUUUGCCAGUCAAAGUGUCUGCCAAAGAUGAUGGAGAAGGGGUUGUAGGUUCCACUCCUGAGAUCCAAUUGAUCUCAAGUGUCUUGAACUGUCUAGAACUACUUCUUUUGGCUGAGUGCAAUAGAGUCAUUAGUGCGCCACUGCAAAGGUUCCUUAAGAACCCAAUUGUACUACCUGCCAGACCGAGGUCAAGACUGAAUCCGACAUCCAUGGAUUCCAGCCCGGUAGCCGGUGUGACGCGGAUUCAUCCGCAAGACGGCUUGUCUCUCAAGCUGGGAGCAGCAUCUGUUUUUCUCCCAUAUCGAGCCUCACCUCAGCAUCCUGAUUUUGCCCUUCUCACUGAGCUGCCACAAAUGGCGUCUACAGAUGAUCGUGAAGAAGAGCUGCCUCUUGUGCGGCUCCCUGAACCGUACAAGACCACCUACGAGCUGGAGAUUGUCUCACGAGAAGAGACAUGCAGGAUAUUUCGUCUUUGCCUGUCCAAAAACCAAGACGAUGGCCUUCCUCCGCCUGAACCUCUCCACCAUGCCUCGCUGAUCUUCAGCGAGCUCUCCCAGCCCGAUCCAGCGAGUGUCCCUCCAGACAGUAACAAUUCACCCUGGGCACGGGCGAAGAGGUCUCCAGUCUCGUAUCUGACCUGGGAUGGAGCAAAUACUCCUACUGUCGCGCAGAUGUGGAAUGUGAUCUAUGCGAUUCUGUCUCUGCGCCCCGACCCGGAAAUCUUCCGGUUCGUAUUGUCUGGACCUGGAAAGGAGCAGAUCGCAAAGGAACUACAAGCUGUUGGGCUGGCCAUCAAGCAUCCUGAACCGUCUGCUCCUCCAGGUCAGCCUAUUCCUGAAUCUCGCGACCACGUCGAUCAACUGGUGAUCCUUCGAGGCUGCUUCUGGCAGGGCGCUGGCUCUCCGUUCGGGUCGCGCGCAGCAUGGGUAGCGGAUCCGGGUCUUCAUUCUGAUCUUCGUCGUCCUCUCAGCGAUUUCCCCCAGUAUCCUCUCGAAUAUACCCUCACGACCAAAUUUCCCGAUGUCCGUGUACACGCUCACCAUCCGGUCCGGCCGCCCAAGCCUACGCCCGGGUCGCGUAUCUACAGCCGCUACAUCCCCCAUCUGAAAGAAUACUUCUCGAUGGUCGCUCUCGAUUAUACGAACGAUGAACACCUCCAGCUCUUUCACAAGUGGCAGAAUGACCCGCGGGUGGCGCAGGGCUGGAACCAGACCGGCACGCUGGAGGAACACCGCGAGUAUCUGCGUCAGUUGCACGAAGAUCCGCAUCAGCUGGCUGUCCUGGCCAAGUUUGACGACACUUACUUUGCAUAUUUUGAGAUUUACUGGGCGAAGGUAUUAUCCAACAGAAACAACCUUGUUCUUCGUUUCUUUCCCUUAAAUUUCUUCUUUACUUUUUCGUCUUCUUUUUUGUUUCUCUUUACUGACAACAAGAAGGAGGACCACCUAGGCGCAUACUACGGUGCAGGAGACUACGACCGCGGCCGUCACUCUCUCGUCGGGGACGCCCGAUUCCGUGGACCGCACCGGGUCAUGGCCUGGUGGUGCAGUCUGAUGCACUACAUCUUCCUGGACGAUCCACGGACUUCGUAUGUGGUAGGAGAGCCCAAAGUCACUAACGCCACCGUGCUGGCAUACGACCACGCCCAUGGAUUCAACGUCGAGAAGCUGGUCGAUCUACCGCACAAACGGUCUGCCUUUGUCAAGUGCAGUCGAGAGAAGUUCUUCCAGAUCUCACCGUUCGGGUUCAAUGGGGGCGGCACUAUCAAGAGGAAUCCGGACCGUGCAUUGAAGCUGUAG